GUAAUUCGUAUUGCUCUAUUUUUCUCUACCUUCCCGCCGGUUACUUCAGCUCUACGGUUCCGUUUCAACUUCCCUGGCCACCGAAAACAUUCCUCUUUCCUUUUACUUUUUCAAUUGGGUAUUUUUCUGUGAAGCUUCUGGUUUCAUCAGAGUUUUUCCUUGAUUACUGGUUUGAAAAGAAUCUGGUUUUUUUUAAUGUUUUAGUGGGUAGUUCUCAGAUCUUCAAUAAAAUAAAUGGUUGGUUGUUGAUUUGAUUUUGCCCUUCUGGGUUUUUGUUCCUUUUUAAUGCUUUUAAGACUGUUCCUUGAGCUUUUAGUUUUAGCGUUGGGUUUGUCCCUUGAAAUGUUGACUCUAGAUUGGUGAUUUUUUUUUGUUGGGGUUUUCUUGGGGAGGGGUUUAGUUGGGUGAGAGAGAGUAAAUUUUGAAUUUUGAAACAAGAAGAGAGAGAAAAGUUGCUUUUGGCUUUUGAGGUUGAAGAAGAAGGAAGAAGAGGAAGAAGAAGAAGAAGAAGAAGAAGAGAUGGAUGUAACAGAAGUUACUUUAAUACACCAUGUGGGGAUUGUGUUAAUGGUGAUCUGGUUUCUCUCUCACUUCAAUUGCUGCCACCCAGUUGUCUACUUCAUCUCUCUCAUUUAUCUCUACCUGGUUCAUGAGCGGUAUGUUAUGAGGUUGCAGAAGAAAUUACGAUUUGAGGAAAGAAAACAGGCUAAUCAGAGAAGGGUACUUUCCGAUUCUGAGACAGUACGGUGGUUGAACCAUGCAGUUGAAAAGAUAUGGCCUAUAUGUAUGGAACAAAUUGCUUCACAGAAAGUUCUCCUCCCUAUCAUACCUUGGUUUAUGGAGAAGUACAAACCGUGGACUGUUGGUAAAGCUGUGGUACAGCAUCUGUACUUGGGAAGAAACCCACCUAUGUUCACAGAGAUGAGAGUUCUUCGCCAAUCUACUGAUGAUGACCACUUGGUUUUGGAGUUGGGGAUGAAUUUUCUGACAGCUGAUGAUAUGCUUGGAAUUCUAGCUGUGAAACUGAGGAAAACACUAGGUUUCGGAAUCUGGACGAAGUUGCAUAUUACAGGCAUGCAUGUUGAAGGGAAGGUCCUGAUUGGGGUGAAGUUCCUUCGAAAGUGGCCUUUCCUAGGCCGUGUGCGGUUAUGCUUCGUUGAGCCUCCAUAUUUCCAAAUGAUCGUCAAGCCUAUUUUCACCCGCGGGCUUGAUGUUACAGAAGUCCCUGGGAUUGAUGGAUGGCUGGAUAAGCUUCUCGCUGUUGCCUUUGAGCAGACACUUGUUCAGCCUAAUAUGCUAGUUGUUGACAUGGAGAAAUUUACUUCACCGGAACAGGAAAGUUGGUUCACUGUGGAUGAGAAGGAUCCUGUUGCUUUUGUGAGAAUAGAAGUUAUCGAAGCAUCUGACAUGAAAGCCUCCGAUCUUAAUGGAUUCGCUGACCCUUAUGUGAAGGGUCGUUUGGGUGUUUACCAAUUCAAAACUAAGAUACAAAAGAAAACGCUGACUCCAAAAUGGCACGAGGAAUUUAAGAUCCCCAUUAUCACAUGGGAUUCACCAAAUGUGCUAGCUAUUGAAGUUAAUGACAAGGACAUAUUUGUUGAUGAUACCCUUGGAGAUUGUUCCAUUAACAUCAGCAAUCUUAGGGAUGGCGGGAGGCAUGACAUGUGGUUGCCUCUUCAGAACAUUAAAACGGCUGGGAGGCUGCAUGUUGCAGUAACCGUACUAGACGAAAAUGAGAAGGGAGAUGACAGUCCAGAUUUUCAGGAAAAGCCAGAUGUGGAAGAACAAAGAAAUUCCUUUGUCAGUGACACUGGUAAUAAAGGUUCCUUCUCAUCUGUAUCGUUGGGGAAAUCUCCUAAGGUAGCAGAUCAUUUUGAGCCCAUUGAUGUUGAUGGGCAGAAAGAUACCGGUAUAUGGGUCCAUCACCCAGGAAGCGAAGUUUCCCAAACUUGGGAGGCUAGAAAAGGAAAGGUUCGACGACUUAAUACCCAAGUUCAAAGGGAGCCUAAUGGUAGUGGCAUUGGAUCCCAAGUUAAUGAUAGCAGCAGCACUGAUGAGAAUCCUGAAGAUAAACAUCGAAUGACCUCAGUUCGCAGGGGUCUGCAUAUGAUCAGUUCGGUGUUCCAUAGGAAUUCCAAGAAGGAGGAUAAUUCAUGCAGCUUUAAAGAGCCAGUCGAAACCCCACGUGUGAAUCUAAGGGCAGUUAAUGAAAAGGAUAUUGGUGCGAGUAAUGAAAAAGAUAUUGGUGUGCAACUUGUUAUGGAUGAAGGCCUUUGUAGCCCUCUUUCUGGCAAGGCAAAUUCAAAGGGUGGGGCGUCAAGUUCUGGAGAGAGUGGUUCGGAUAGCCCAGGAAAGGGCAAGAUGAAAGACAUGGCAAAGAAUCUCUACAAAAAUGCUGAGAGGUCGGUAAAGCAUGCACUUUCACGGAAAGGUUCUAGAAAGUCUCAAGCUGAUUCCCGCACAGCGAGUGAAAGAGAAAUUUUAGCAGAUUCUAUCUCUUCUGAUGAUGAUUCUCUUCCGUCCCCAUUUGUUGAAACGAUACCGGUUGCCUCCAAGCCUAUACCUCGCAGCUCCGAUAUUGAUUCAGGUAUAACGGAGAAGCCCGUGGUUCAGCCGGUAAUUGACACUGCAGUGGAUGCUGAAGUCCCAGCAAAUAGGGUUGAACUUGGAGAACUCGAAAAGUGAUGAGGAGCUGAACAGCCCUGGAAGAAGUAGCGAUGAAGAAUCUUUUUUUUUGGAAGCCGGAUGAAGAAUCUUUUUUUUGGGCCUCUUCUUUUUGUAAAUAAUAAAUAUGUUGCAUAUAUGUAAAGUUGUUUUGAGAAAGGUUUUGUUAUUUGAACUUUUGUUUAAUACGCUGGUACAAAUUUGUUUAGUUAUAGAGAGGCCAUGGGCUGCUUAG